ACACGUGUACGCGCGCGUACACGCACAUACACACACCCCAUAGGCACAUCCACGGUGCUGGCGCGCAGAGCUGUGGCGCCCAUCCUAUCUCUCAGUGCGACUCCUCGGAGGGAUCAGGAGUAGACUAAGUCAAACUUCCAGCAGCUGAAGAUUUGUGCGCAACAUCCGACUGAUCCAAGUCGUCAAGGUAGGUCACACACAGCCUAGUCCUUUCUGUUAGGAAGAUGUGUUGCAGUGUAAGAUUUCGGGUCAGGCGAUAGAGUGCAGUGGAGAAAAAAAUUGUCAGUCCGGGAUCGUUCGAGCGCGCAGGAGGCAUCCUUCAGUGGGGAACUAUUUGCUUUGAACUUUGCGCAGGAUUUCAACACCUAGUUGCUCCGCAUGCAUGCCAUUCAUGUGCGAUCCUUUUCCCCCCAUAUCCACCUACUACUGAUCGCGGGCUGUGAUAAAGAUGGUUGCUUAUCUCUGCAGCAGAUCUAUGUUAAAGAUACAGAAGGUGAAACAAAGAGUAUCUGCAGUUGCGUAUUUGACGCUGCGUGCAGAAGUUAUUUGGGCUCAGACAGACCGCACCAAAGCAAGUCCUGCGGUUUUAAAGCUCCCUGAAGAAGAUGGGCGGAUAGUGCGUCUGUGCAAACAGGCAUACAGGUGGAUCUGAUAACGGUCUCUGCUCACUGUUUAUCAGAGAGAUGACUUUCCCUACACUCCACACCUUGCGCCAGGGACAGGCGUGCGGAGCUGUGUGAAAGGUACAGCAUGAGCAGAAUGUCUUUGUGAACAUCAGAUGCGACGUACUCAGACUUUGGACACAAGAGUGUUGGUGUUGCUGCUGCACUUUCAGAUCUCCACUCCGGCUGCCGAUCUUCAAGGAGUGGUAGAUCGUGGAUUUAGUUAAUGGCUGAACAUGUUACUCAAAAUGAGCCAGGUUUGACUCCUUAACUUAAAUAAGGUCCUCUAAUUGAGGAACUUUGGGCAGAUGUGGCUUUUUGACAGUCAAGUGGAGUUUUUGGGUACAUGGUUUUAAUUUAUUUCCUCUAAUUAAUUAUGAAAUCCAUUUUCUUUUAUGUAUUAGUGGAUUUAGAUGAUGUAUACAUGAUGUUGGGACACCAUAUUUCAUAAUGGACUCAUAAUGAAGUAUUCAAACCAGCCAAUGGACAAAGAGCUUUGUGUAAACAACUUAAUAACCUUUCCCAGUCUCUUCAAAAAUAUAUAAACUUUAUACUCUAGAAUUCUUCUGUAACUCAAAGAUUGUGUCUACAUUUGAGUCGAGGCAAAUAUUGAAAAGAUUUAACAGAAACUACGAUACUGUUUCUUUCUCUGUGAUGUCUACAGCUGUGUUGAAUCAACACCAAGAAAUAGCCUCUCUGGUGCAAGAAUAACAAGAAUUUUAAAUGGGCUCUAAGUCUUUGUGUGCUCUUUCACAGAGAAGUGAGGGGUAGGACAGUGCACUGCCUGCUAAUGCUUGGACGGCUUAGUCCUAUAGCGACAUGAAAAUAACCUUGGUAAUGUUAAUAAGUGAUAAUACGUAACAGUGUCGUUUUUGUGGGCUAGGAAAAAUAUAACACUGAGCGUGACCAUUUUGAUUCUACUCAGAUAUUUUGUUUACAGUGCACCUGCAUAAAAAUGUAACUUGCUUUCCAUUGUUAUAUUUAUGUUACGUUGAUUUUACACUAUUUUUAUAUGUAACAUUAAAAUGUCUUUUUCUUUUGCCUUAAUGUUACCAUGCUCCUUAUCUGUGCAUGUGUAUUUUUAGCUUUGUUUUUGUGUAUUUUGUGGUGUCACACAUGUUCAUAAUACACUUUGUACCUUUAGGAAUUGCGUACACUUGUGUAUUUAUAUGUGCGUGUGUUAUAGUGAAAUUUGUGUGGGACUCAGGGGAAGAUUGUCCAUCAGUGAAUAGAUCCAGCCUUGAGUUUCUGUAUUUCUGUGCUGGUAAAUAUGCUAACAUGAGCCUGUGUGUGUGUGUGAGUGUGUGUGUGUGUGUGUGUUUGUGUGUUCAUAUGGCCUUGUAGCCCCCACACAGAAACACUCACAGGAGUGCAUGCAGCACAGAGGCUUGUCUCAGCUCAGUGCAUGGAUAAAGGAAGCACCUUCACCAGUGAGGUCCUCUAGUUUCAUUGGUAACGUGUAGGUGUUAGACUGUUCUGUGACAGAUUUUUGAAGAACAGGCAGUUCUUACUGAACUAUCAGGAUUUUCUUGAGAGCGAUAGAUUUUAUCUGUGUAAAAAAGUGUUGAUAAAUCGUAUAACUUCAAAUGUAAAGCUUCUCCAAAGAGAUCCAGGUGAUGUAAGGUAGCAUCAAAAUAUCACACAUCAAAAACUAAAAUCACAAAUUUAAAUCACUGAGCCAGAAGGUUCAGAGAGGGAAAAAUAAUCCUUGAAUAAUCCUGUAAAAUAACAAUCUUUGCAGCAUGUUUCAAGGCAAAGCAGCUGAACAGACCCAUGUUAUUCUGCCCAAAACCUCAUCCGUUUGGCAUACUCAGUAGCUGUAUUCCUGAACACUGGGAGAAUUCAUAUCAGUCUCAAUAAAUCUUAACAGUGAAUUGUUUCCUGUUUGAAAAAUUCAACCAAAAUCAUACAUCUCCAUCCGUUCAUGUUUUGCCUCUCAUCCAGAUGUUUUGAGAUGCUCUCCUCAUAUUCAAACACACCUGUUCAUACUGAACAUAUGGAGGGAGACAGAGGUGUGUUUGACUUUUUGUUUGCAUCACUAAAGAUGUCUACAACUUUAUUACUCAGCAUAUGAAAAGACAACAAACAAGUGAUCUAAGCUGCAAAGAGGCUUUCUGAGAUCGUCGAUUUAAAGGCACGACUGACUGAACUAACAGGAAGGCAUCCUGCAAGGUUCGCUUCGGGUUGGUUGACCAAAUAUUCGGUUAAGACAACAUUUCCAACAUGACGUCUGCCACAGGUUGCCUUCAGAGACAAACAUUCUGAUGGCGUGAUUUACACGCUGACGUGACUGUGAUGUCAUACCACUGGGAUCUCCAAAGUCGGACAGUGUCAGAUUACGUAUGGAGUGGAGCUCUUGAAUACUAUGUAUGCCACAGUAUGUGUAAAUAUGCUGGUACAUAUAUCAUAAAUAUUACAUUAUAGAAACUUAGGGAACAUUGACUUCAGUAAAUAAUAAAAACGUAAAUAUCAACAGACACUUAUUAAAACAUAUUUCUUACUUUAGAAAAUCUGCAGCCGCAUGAGUUGUUAUCUUUGAACACUGAUUGUGAAUGAUUGGUGUUUUCUCUGGGCCCCGGUUCACAAACAUUAUCCAUCUUCAGUGUAUCUCAGCGUGCCUCUGUGAAUACAUUCAACAGGUGCUCCUUCAGGUUGCUCUCCAUGGUGCUGAACUUGUGUCAAAGUGAUUUCACUGGUUUAACUCUUUGUGAACUGUUUCCACAUUUUAAUAAUAAACAAUAACUAUAAAUCAAAGUAUUAUAUGCUUAAAGCCAUCCUUACAGCUUAAAUGAAAGAAGUGUUUCACUCUGUCCAAUAAGUUUGUCUGUUUCUGGUUUCAGGAGAUGGAGACAUGGGAUCCAAACACAGUGAAGUCAAGAGGAGUCUAGCACACUAAUACUACAGGUCAGAAGCCUUUAUAGUUUUUUCAUGAUUCUCUGUUUAGUCAUAAUCAUCAGGCAAGUUUUAAGGGCUCUCUUUCUUGUUUUUUUCUGGCCACAGCAUUGGUAGCUUUUUUUUUUCAGUUCACCUCAGUGACAUAAAGGGAUGGCUAGUUUGUUGCUGUGUAAAAGAUAACUCCAUUAAAUGCUCACUUUCCCUUCCACUGAUAUUCAGUAUGGGGCCAUUAUUAUUACCUGCAAGUUAACAGUACAUAGCAGGGUGUUGUCUGUGGUAGCUAUCCUGCAAAACAUAUACCCCUAACAGUGACUUGAACAGUGAAGUAAUAAAACCAUAAAGCUGCUGGAAGUGUGUAGCAAUAUUUUCACCAAAACUACAAUAAAACUGACAAUUUAGACCCAAACUAAUGUCAAAUAAUGGGACUUUUAUUGUGUUCUUGAAUGUUUCCUUAAGUUCUUGGCUUCCCAAUUUUUUUCUAAUUACCACUAAUACCCACACUGUGUGAUUCUUGCACUGUUAGCUUUAGUGAGGAAGCUGGAAACAAAUCAUUGCUGCUUCCCUGCAGGUCACCCGUCAUCAGCAGCAACAACAGGGUCAACACAAAAUGAGCAACGUGCACACACGUGUCAAGGCUGCCUUGUCUGUUCCCUGACAUCCAUCCUUCCCCAAAUGCACAGACAUUUCCACAUUCACACACAUUACACACACACACACACAUACACUCUGGGGAAGAAGAAGGGAAAGGGCAGUGGGAUGUACAGCUGUGAUGGUGUCUCAGAGAAAGAUCAGACUCUUUAAUAAAUGAUGAGCUUGAGGAGGAAGCUGUAUGUGUGCGUGCGUGUGUGUGAAUGGAGAGUGAAAGGUGGCUUACUGGUCAUGGAGUGGCUACCGUCAAUAGAAGUGUUACCACCAGAACUCCAAUUAAACAGUGAUACUUAAUGUCUGUAUAAUGAUCGAUCUGUCAUUUUUUUAAUGACGAAAAUUUGCACUGAUUUGAUAAAUCGGGAGAAAUAUCUUCUCAUCCAAAAUUUUGCUUCCUCAAUGUAACGCUAUCCAGGAUGUUUGGGAAGCCCAGUCUAAAAAUAGAAAUGCUCCAGCUAGAACACAAAGUACGAGUGCUGUUGCAUUACCAUAUGUCCUGUUGAUUGGUGCAAGUGGUGGGACUCUUCUCCUUUUUUAGAAAGUUGAACUCCAGCCCAUCAUGCUACUGGUUCAUCACUAAACAUCAAACACUGAAAAGGUCUGCAUCAUCAUCCCAGCAGUGUUAAAGGUCAACAGUGUUAUGUGCUGAAUUAUUUUUUCCGUUGCGGUUUAACAUCCGAUGAUUGUUGCACUAAUUAUUAAAUGAAUGUGUUUGUUUUUGAGUCUUAACAAUUCACAUGGCUCACCACACAAGGGAUUACAUGACUCAAUGUUUCCAGUACAAAUAAAGCGGCUUCCACUUCAUAUUCAGACAGAAAAACAAACCAUCCCUAUUUCAACAUAUGCUCUUGAUCAAAAGGGAAAAGGGAACGUGUUUCACAUUAUGAAAAUAAUUUGCUUUAAAUAUACCAUAUAAUGACAAUGCCAGGCUUUCUGUCACACUGUGACUUCACAUAAUUUACAUGCUUAUAUUAGAGGCACAAGAGCUGUGUCAGUGUUUCUCCACUGUUGCAUCAGGUAUAGUAACUACUCUGGAAAUUCACUUCUGAUGCAAAAGUUGAACCCUCACACACCGACCACACAGCUUUGCUUCGCUCACUGCUGUGUGGGCAUCUGCCACACUCCCAUGAACUACACAUCAGCUGUGAGUGUCAGUGUGAGAUAAUCAAUUAACGAUAGUGUGUACGGGGUUCUGCAUGGAAAAAAAUACAGCACUGGUCAGGGCUUUUCUUUUUUUUCAAUGCAAACCUUUGGGAACAUGACAAAGGUCCUCUUGAGGAAACAAUUAUGAAUGAGUGCAUUAUCAGCUCACAUGCUUACAAAUUACCAGGAUGGUUUUAAGUAGUUACCAGUCAAUCUUGCUAGCUUCUUCAGUAUCCCACCAAGCAGAAAAAUACACAAAAAAUUAAAGAAGCUUUGUUCAAGUCUAGCAGAACAACUCAAUGAAAUCUCACAGAUUUUUUAAUGCCAUAAUACAAGUUGUUUUUUUUAAGUGAGGUAUACAUUAGAUCAACAGAAAGUGUGAUGCUUAUAGUACUUUACAGCCAGUACAGCACUUGUGUGAAGGAGCCAGAGCUUCUGAACAAGCUAAGCUACGCAGUACUGAAGGUGACGCAAAUGACCCGAAGUUACCUUUUUAACACACACACACACACACACACACACACACACACACACACACACACACACACACACACACACACACACACACACACACACAUUAUGUAUAGAUAUGGAUAUAUAUAUAGAUAUAGAUAGAUAGAUAAUAAGGAAAGAAAAGGGUAGUUUGAUAAUAAGGUCAAGUGAUGUUAAUAUCUAUAUAGAUAUCAACAUCACUUGACCUUAUUAUUAAACUGCCCUUUCCUUUGGAACUAUGUUUUCCACUACAGCAGCCUUAUAUUUCAACACGUUGUAUCAGAUCAGCCAAAUCCAGCUGGUAUUGAAAAUAUGUACAUUUUGUAACCCAGAGGGAUAAACUAUGAAGCUCUAUGUUUCAACAACAAUAAUCGCCUCAACUGAAGACUGUGGGAGGACGGACAGUAACGCUAAGUGCAUCUCUUAAAUUCUCUUGAGGGAGAACUGCAGGAACUUGGGUUUUUCAACAUCAGCACCUCAUCUGAACCACCAAGCAGCAUUACUUCUUUGUGUGACUCUCUACAAACUAAUUAUUUUUAUUUUUCAAAGAAUCAGAGUAUCUACCCGUUUGUUGUAGCACUCUGUAUACUUCAUGUUUCGACCAAAGUGACUUCAGACUUGGUGAUGUGAACAUGAUUUUUGUAGGGCUGCGGCAGCAUCUGCACCAUGAGAAGGUUGACUGAUGCUCCAUGAUGACUCCCAGGGUCAUUACAUGACAGUUAACUUGAUGGAUGCCAUCAACAGAGGGGUAAUUCUCCUCCUGACAAGCCCCGCCACCCUCUACAGUGAUGAAAAGCCGAUCUGAUGAAUGCUUUCACACAUUUUACAUCCCUGCUCUGUUUUAGGCCGAACAGCCAUUUCUAAUCAUGCCAUGUUGGGUGAAAUAUAGACGACCAAAACUCAGGGAAACUAUGAAGACACAGGAAACUGACUGUAACUCAACAGAAAGACAUAACAGAUAUAUCUCGGGGCUUCAACUUGUUCUUAUUUUACAACACAAUUAUCCAGAGCCAAAGGUUAUGUUGUUAAACUCUUUUCUUUUGCAGAUAAAAGUCGAUAUUUAGUUUAUAAAGAUGAAAACACUAAACCCUUGUGUUUUAGAGCAUUUUUCUUGUUGUCUUAGAGACUGAUUUUUCUGUUUAAUGAAUAAUUAGACUCGAAUUAAAUCAAAAUUUUGUGAUUCAUUCAUGUGUCAGUUGAAGUAGUUCAUAAAAGUCCUUGUGUUUCAAACCUCUCAGGAAGUCUCACUGUAGUAAAACGAACAGAGUUAAAUAGUCAACUAAGUACUUAGACCACAGAUUUUGUGUGGCACUCAAAGGUUAAAAGCGCUUUUGGUAGAGAAGCUCUCUGGAGUACCCACUGCACAUGAGAGCAUGCUUUAGUACCUGAAGUGAACCGCUUCUUGUACAGGUUAAUUCAAUGUUUGGCAUAAAUGGACUUCUCUGUCUAUUGCAGCACGUGAACUGCACACUACAAAAGCAUGCCUGCAUUUUGUCUUCUUAUUAAUUACAGAUUAAUGGCUGUGCGGUGAAAUCUUUUAAACUUCAGCCGUCUGAAGGGUCGGGAAAAUCAAUUUCUACACGUUUAACAUGAUAUGACCUUUAACCUUUGGACCUAAGACAGGUCACAAAUGGGCUCAUUGAUCAAUACAGGAAAGGCUGGUUUCUAUCUUAGAGUGUGAACACAGCAUUAAUAGACUUCUGAGAUUACCAUGUCUAAUAAGUAUUGAUUUGAUUGGUAAUUGGUGAUAAAGCAGUUCAUUCAAAGUGAGGCACCCAUUGAGUUAUUGAUGUGCGUAUCAUUUAUAUUUUUUUCUACAUCCAGUGAAAGGAAAAAUCCCUCAAAAGUGUUGUAGAUACUCCUGGGAACGUUGUGUUUGCUUUAAAAGUGAAGAAGUAUGAGCAUCAUGUUUUUCACUUUUUAUCUUAUUUUUUAUUUUUAUUUUUUUCUGAUAGCUCUCUGUCCUAUUUAUGGAUCAUCAGUCUUUCCUGCCAGUAACACACUUGGUAAAUAAUUAAUAGUCACACCCCAAUGCAUUCCUUUGACUGUCAGAAGUGUAGGACAUCAUGUCUUCACACACACAAGUUAUAGUAAUGCAAGGGUCAAACUGAAAGAAAUGCCCCUCUAGGUCAUGUUGGGGAAGACUGCCUAUAAUGGUUCAUUAAAAAAAAUCUCUUAGAUAUAAUGAGAAGCACUGGGAAUGGGAAUAUAAAGAGGGAAAGGAAACACGAAAGGUAAAAUUAGCUGAUAAAGCUCUGACGGUGUGCAGGUCUAAUAAGGGCUCUAUUGUUCUGUGGAAGUCAAGCCUCUGAUUCCCCAACUGUGAUCUCCCUCUCUCAUAAAAAAACUCCUACACACACAUACUGUGUCCUCCCAUACAAUGAGAUUUGAGUCUUUGGUGCAGUUGUGGGCUCUGUUAGGUGCACUAUGGACGGGUAAACAAUCACAUCAACACAGAAAAAAAGAAAAGCACACAGAUAGAGGACUGGAUUGUGGGGCUAUCUCUCAGUGUUCUGCGGUCCAUCGACCCUGCAUGGCUGCUCUCAGCUGGAUACGUGUUAUCCACAGCAGCACUGCCUGUUAGGGGGAAAGCGAGGGCUGUGGAGGCUGAAAGGGAGGUGGAAAUAAAUGGGGAGGAGGACAGGAUACAGGGGUGAUGCUGUGGAGGAAACGGGAUGAAAAACACAAGGAGUAAAAACAGUAGUAUGGUGGUGCAUGUGCAGCCGACUCACUGGCUUUAGAUUUGAACAGGGUCAGAGGUGAAAUGGGGUUGUCUGUCAGAUGUUGCUCUGCAUCAUAGCUCCAAGGGAAAGGGGUCAGUAGUCAGCCUCCACCUUUAUCUGAUCAGCUCCUCCUCCACCUCCCUCUCCUCCUCCUCUAUCAAGACUCAGGUUGUUUUUUUCUCGCUCUUGUUUACUCACCUCAUGUGUGUCUCUAAUAGGUGUCUAUGGUGAUGUUGCCAUGUGCCAGCUGCCAUCUGCUACCCUUCCCUAUCCAGGUAAGACAUUUCAUACUUUUGUGGCCAGGGUAAAUCUAACAGGUACAUUCCCACGUUAAUUGCUUGCAGUCACUUUCUUUAACGGAUUGACAUGAAAGUCAGACCAAUCUGCCCCUUUUAAAUUCAGCUGGAAAGCAAAUGAGUUUACGUCCCAAAUACUGCUGACCUUUCCUUUGAAAGAGCAUGCUGUAUUUGCAUCGUUUAGACAAAAACACAUAAACAGCUUCUUUUCAUAAAGGUCAUGUCAUACUUUAUCAUCUGUUUCUCAGGGGUUAGUCUGGCAGAACUGUAGCCUUCUGUCUACAUUUUGCUCUAAACUGUGUGUUUUUAAAAUGUUUUACUGAGCUGAGUGGAAUAGUUUUCAUUUAUUAAUGAAACUACUGAAGAAUAUGUAGUACCUAGCAAACAUAGAAACAGGCUUAGGGUUUUUUUGAUAAAAGAUGACUGUUGGUACAAUGCUUUGGAGUAUAACAUAAAAAGCUGUGAAAACUACAUUAAAUCUUCCACUUGUCUCCAAUAAUCUGGACUGAGAGUCCAGACAGAUAUGUGACAACAAAAUAGCAAUUCAUGGAUGUUCGGUUUAAUGUCAACAUGCUGAUCCCUUUACCUCAACAGAUGUGAGAGGACAGUGCGGACAGUCAGAUGCAAGCUGCGAAAUACAAUAAAAUAAUUAAAAGAAAACACAAGCAGUUUGUGCAACUUUUGGCAUGAGUGGCAAUAUCUUUGUUAUUAAAGAAAAAGGGGGACAAAAAGAGAGCAAUUCUUUGUCUCGCAGUGUGUGAUUUGCUUGCACAGUUGCUUUCCAGACAGGAAACUGUGUUUGGGUACUUUCCAAGAGGUUAUAAUGAAGCAAACAUUCAAUUUCAGUGGACACCAUGAAAGCGGGGUAAAGAUGCCAAGGGAUAUUAUUUGGCACAUUUCUGGGAAAUUGGCUGUGAGAACUGCCAAUUAUAUUAAAGUGUACUUUUAAUGGAAUGUAUGGGGUAAAACUGUUAUUAGCAUCAGAGCUUCAUAAAUACAUACUUGUUUUAUUUCACUAAACACGUAAAUAUGUCUAUGCCCCACUACACGAAUGCACACAUAAAUACACAAUGCCACAUCUGCAGCCUUGUUUCAGCAUUGUCCUCUAAACUUUGCUCAUUAUAAAGUUCCAUUUUGUGUUCAUUUGAGAGGGGUCUCUGAUAAUGAUGUAACUUAAAAACUCACAACUCAAGACUUUUCAGUGGGAUACUAGAGCCCACAUUCAAGAGCUCUAUUUUUUCCCAAUGCCAAACUAAACCACAUUCCACGAACAUAUACUGGAGAUAAAACCUGCAUGACUUACAGAUCACAGAAUGGAUACGUAACCUUCACAGACAACACAUAUUUUCUGAAAAAGCAGAUUAUAACUUACAUCAUACAUUCAUCAAAUACAGUUUAUGAUGUUUGAUUUACAGUAGACCUAUGCGCUCCUGUUACAUUUUAACAGAAACAACUCUUUAGAGCAAAUGCAUUGGGACAGCAGACUGAAAGAAACCAAUAUUAUGUAUUAUCAUACAGUAUAAUACAAUUAAAUUCGGUUGAGUAUCAUACCAUGCCAUACCCUACAAUGCGGCAUGAUAGAAUACAUUAUAAUACAAUUCGCUAUUAUAUACUACGAUACAAUAUGAUACGAUACGAUACAAUAUGGUACAGUACAAUAUGAUGUGCUAUGAUACGAUAUGAUACUCAACGAUAAGAUAAUACCACUCACUCAAAGAUGUUUGAAACCAAAGUACUUAAAAUAUAUAUCAGUCAGGUCUGAACAAAAGUGAUUCUAAAAUUACUGAAACUUUUAGCUGUGUUAGCUUGGAUUCUUAUAAAGUUUUUAUUGGUUUGUUAGGCUAUUUUGAAGGAUUUUAUGUCUGUUUUUAAGUUUGUGUUUUGUUUUGUUGUUUUUUUUCUCAUGAAAAACUGUAGGGAAAAAUUAGCUGUAGCUUCAGCCUAAACCUUCUUGAUUUGCUUAAUUUUUUUUUCUCUUUUAUGAUUCUUUUUGUAUUUGUUAAUUUAAAAAAAAAUUUAAUAAAUGAAAAAUAGUUAAAAAAAUAAUAAUAAAUUCGAUCCACAUGUUGAUCAUUUAGGGUCAAUAAAAGGUGACUUUUAUUUUCAGCACAUGUGGAACACUCAAGUUUUAUUAAUAGAUUUAAAAAUGCAGAAGCUACAAACAACAACAGUGAUCGAUCCCCAUCCGAAACAGAGACAAUGACAACCAUAAAUCACAUUUAAUAUAGUGCACAUAGUUCAACAUACAACAUAUCUGUGAUAAGAUAAGGGGAUAAGAAAACCAUGAAGCCCUGCAGCUCAAAGGAACAUUUGUGAUAUGAUCAUUGCUGGCACACAUAAAGUUUUUAAAUGGUUUAGCGCUAUGAAACGAUUAAUGAUGAUUAAUAUUUCUAAUGAUUCAUUUUUUUUCAUGAAUCCUUUUUCAGUUUUCCUCCCACAUUCUAGCUAAACACCAGUUCAGAUCUCUGUCUGAUGAGAGAGAACAGAGCUAAGACAUAGAAAUAGUCUACUUUUAGGUCAACCCCUCAGAGAAGAAGAGGUGCGUGUUUGUGCUCGCAUGUGAGUGUGUAUGUCUGAGUGUGGGUGGGUGUUUGUCUGGGUUUGUGUGUUUGUCUGUAUGUGUGUGUGUGUGUGUGUGUGUCAUAUUACAGAGCAGAGAGGUAAAGGUAUGGCAGCCGCCUGCAGGAAAAUCUGAGCUGCCUGCAUCUAAGAGAAGCUUUCAUCCUCCUACCUACCCACCAAAGACGGGAGGCACACACACGCACACACACACUCUAACUCUCUGCCUUUUGCACGCAUAUACACACUCCCUCAUGAACAAGGGUUGAGGUUGGGGAUCCCAAUAAUCAACAGAUAUUUCACUACAACUGCAGCUCCUCGGUCUAGAUUGAUUUUUGUUGCCAAAAUGUCAACAUCCAACUUCUGUCUUAUUUCUCCUGAGAUCCAGAGAAGCUUCAAGAGAGGAAAGAAACACAACAUUUAAAUUUAGAAAGUUAUUUUCUGCUCUCAAGUUUAUUCUGAUUUGGUAUUAGCUAAAUGUAUUUUAAAAAUAUAAAACGGAAAGGGAGAGAGUCUAGGGUGGGAACAGGUUAUUUAUUAUCUUCAUGUCAGUGUAAUAAUAGAACCUUUGGACGUGUAGUAUAAUGAGUUUGCAUAAAUUUCUAGAAUCUGCAGGAAUAGAAAGGUCAGAGUCUGUGCAUCAAGGGCUGGUACAUGCUGACUUUCAUACUCCGCUGCCUUGCUAUUAACAUGCAAUAUAUCUUAUCUGAUCUUUAUUAAGAGCAAUGCAUGUCAAUGCUAGGUUUUCUAAGCCUUGCAGAACUCUCUGCAAUCAGAUUGCUAACAAAUCAUCACUUGGAAGUGGUAUGGCUCGCACUAUGAUGAGCUCUUUUACAUAUCUUAAUCUGUAGCCAGUCAUAUAUUUAUAUGGUAAUAGAUAUUUCCUGAAUAGCGCUUUCCCUCAUCUUUCUGACCCCUCAAAUCACUUUUACUUGAUAUUUUACAUUCACCUACUUAUACAAUAUUCCUACAGUGAUAGCAGAAAACACAACGUGAGGAAGCGUAACUAAGCAUGCUAACCACCUGGUAGCUAUCAAGUUCACCAUCAAGAUUGAUGGCAGUCCAUUACAUAGUUGCCCAUGUUAUUGAACAAUGGAACAUUAAUGUUAUAAUACUGUUGUCCCUUAGGAAUCACUCAAGUCUUUAGGAAACGUCAUCUGGGAACAAUAAAUACAAAAAUAGAGUUGAAAAAUAGAGCUGUCUCAUCUAGAUCUCCACUAUCUAAUCAGAGCCCCUUUGUGCAGCCUUUAACUGAUUUAAACCAGCUGUCAUAAACUGAGAAACAAGUAAACAAGUAACUUGGCAUUAGCAGCCCUGUUGUAAAUUCUCUAUUAUUUGUUUAGACUGGGCCUUUUAUCUUGUUUAUUUUGUUCAGACCUCUCAUGGGACCAACCAGGGUCAUAGUGUGGUGCAUGAGAACAUCAUAAGCAGAAAGUACGUUUGUGAAGAAAGCCAGUGAUGAAUAGCUUAUUUCCUGAUAUAUCCAUAAGAACUUAAUGCUGCAUGUAGUGGGCAUUAUUUCUGUUAAUUAACAGUGACUCAUUUCUGAUCAGGCAGUUCCUGUAUUUGAUGUGAUUAAUGUGUGUAUGUGUUAUACCAGCAAAGCUAAACGAUUAGCUAAGCUGUUAAUAUAAAAGUGUUUCAUUUGCUGCAAUAUGAUCCAAAUAAAACUGGCCUUAGAAAUUGUGAACAUCAUUUUUUCAGCAAUCAUUCACUCAUCCGCCUGUAUUACUGCAGUCAACAGUUAACCUCAACUACUGACUGUUGAAAACUCACAUAUCGUUCACAUUGGACCAAAAACUUGUUAUAUGUUGAUAAAGUCUUCAAAACUAUUUCCCCAUUCAGCCUUAUCAGGCAUUUUCCACCCAAACAUAGGUUGGGUCGCAAUCAGGGAACUGAUUUAGCUCAUCUAGUUGAGCUAGAAACCAUGGUCUGGGUUUGACUUCCCCCUUUGGCAUUUUGCUGCAUUUCAUUCACUCUCGUCUCUGAAUGUCCGAUGUCUCUCACAGCUGUCCUAUAAAAAAGCAAAACGAACAAAAAAAAAAUCUGAAAACUAAGGACCCAAGCGGUGAUUAAUUGGCCUUCAAACCUUUGUUGGUGGCAGCAGAUGCAUCAUUGCACUGGGGCUGUAGCUCUCAUCAUGAACCAAACAUGUAUUUAGAUAUGUUCAGGCUGAGACUGUAGGCAUCCAUGUAUAAUUUAAAGCAACCACAAAAAUGUAGCCUUGUAUUUUACCAGCAGGUGGGGCUAUGAAUUUGGCUGUAAUCAUCAUAUUAAUGGUACCAUUACCAUUAACAUGGUAUUGCAUGGGCCGAACAAUAGAGCUCGAAAGCUAACUCAGAAGUGUAAAUGGAGGUUUGUACCCCUUUCCACCAAUAGGUAGUGGUGUCAAUAUAAGUGAAAUGUUGACAAGCUAAAGCUGGUACCAUCACCAAAGCUGUGAAUCGUCAAGUAGAUCUGACAUGAGAUGAAUAGUUAGUACACUGUAUCCCCGUAGAACUGCAUAGGUGACAAACCAUAGACUGUAUAGACUAUGGACAACUUGGUUCCACCAGUAUACGGAUUUAAAGCCAAAAAGCUCUCAGUAAUUCCGCGUUUUUUUCUCCACUUCCUGAAACCAACAUUGCGCAGUAGUGUUGUACGUACUCCACCACUUGCGCAGUAGCAUUGUACGCAUUCAGCAGGAGAGUCGCUGUGAUGACGCUCGUCUCAAACAGCAUAUCCCCCGGGUGAGCCACGCAAUCUUCGUACACCCCUAAGGCUGCAUCAAGUGUCAAUCAUAGAAAACAUGAACCCCCCAAUAACUUUUAAAAAUGGAGCUGCACAGAAAAAAAGAGGACUUGAGCACAAAACUUAUGAUUAAUACAUGUCAACAUCACAACCAGGAGGGAGAAAAAUGUACAUUCUGUGUAAUAAAUUUCUAAAGUUUGUCCACAGCUCCAUAAGGAUGGCUGAAGGAGGUGGGAUUUAUGACCUAUACUGCAGCCCGUCACCGGAGUGUGCUGUUCGGCUUCACCCAGCGAGGAGGCAGACACUGUCCAUUCUUUAUACAGUCUAUGUGAAAAAUCUGCAUAUAGUAGAUGUGUUGAGAGGUGUACCUUACUCCUGUAUAUUUUCAAACAGAUCAAACAUUCUUUGCAGGAGUCAAGAUAACUUCCUGUUUUUUUAUCAAAGUUUGACGCACUGUUAAGGUCACACCCCACUAAAAAAACUGAGAACACUAAUGCUUCAUCAUGGUGUAAAGGAUUGGCUGUAUCUUUACCCCAUUUACACACUAUAAAUAUGAACAGAAGAAAAAAACAGCAUUACAGUUAGAAUUGUGAUUUCUUGUGAUAUUAAAAGUUUUACGUUUUUAUGAAUUUUAUGAAAAUAUCCUCCAACUUGUACUUCUCAUUUAGUCUCACUCUGACAAAAACUCAGUUUUAACAAAUUUUUAAGCUUUGAUAAGUGAUCUCAAAAUCACUGAUUUGCAUAGGAGUUGAUCUGAAGAAACCCCAAAAAUUAGUUUGUCCGGUCAUAUAUGCCGUAAAUUGAAAUCAAAACCCAUACUUCAUAUGGGUUAAGAUUAUAAAUUUAGCUGCAAGAGAAUUUCUCUGUAGGUCUCAAUUUGACAAACACGCAUGCUCAUAUGUACGUUAAAAUAACCUCUAGGGGAGGGGUAUUUGAAGCUAUUAGGAGGCAGGAUUGAGACAUAUUUGCAAUGUUUCUCCCAAGACCCAAAAGAUAUAUAAUUCUUCGCGAUGCCUGAUGCAUGAUCAACAGUAGAAGGGGCUCCUACAUUGAUAUAUCUGGUAAUGUGUUAAUGUUUAAAGUAAGAAAGAACAAAAGAAGUUUCACUAUAUGAACAUGAAGUCAGGUAUGAUUUUUGCACUUGUGUUUCUUAAUCAUGCUAAUAUGGCUAAUAAGUCACACAACAACAUGAAAGAGCAGCCUUCUUGUCUUUCUUUUCAAGGGUCAAUGCGUCCUGAUAUCACGUCCAGAUCGGGUCACUGAUACUGGAGAAGUUUUAAACACCAGAGAUUAAUAGACUUUUUGAUUCCCUACAGCAUCUUUUGAUUUAGAAAUUUGUACAUUUACUGGUGAUUACCCACGUGACAUCUUCAGAGUAAGUUGAAAAUCCUCCAGGGCCAGCAAAACUUUGUGAAGUUGUCGUCACAAAGAUUUUUUUUUUCUUUCAAGUUAAUUAACUCUGACAAGGGAAACUUGGACAUCCCUUUUGAAAGUUCAAUGGUGCACCUUUGAGGAUCUAUAUAUAAACAGUUGAGGCAACCCCCUGCAGACAAGUAUACAGUGACUGCUUUAAUCCAGAUGUAACUUAUGAUUUAUAGCAUCAGCUGUUGUUCGUCUCAUUGUUGUUGGUUAGCUUCCUUUGUAGUAAAAUGCAUUCAGACCUCACACUGUAAUUAUGCAGGAUGGAGGGGAGCAAUAAAUCUGAUAACACAGGCACACACACACACAUAUAUAUGCACAAACUCUCCCACACACAUAUACUCAGGGGUAUAAACUCAUGGACGAGCAGAGAAUUGUUGGAACAGAGAUCAGAUUAGAGAAGCUUUUCUGAUCUGUGGAGAAAGAAGGGUGGGCUCAUGUAUCAACCAGCCAUCUAAGCUGGCUUAUCCUGAUAUAACCAGGAGCAAAGACACACACAUAUACACACACUUCGGGAAAAGAAAGUUUACUGGGUGAUGUGGUUGGAGAACAAGUGGAAGCAAUGCAAUCUCCAAACAAUUCCAUAUCCCUUUUAGUCAUGGCCAGGCUUUGGCUGUGAAGCGGAAACAACUUUGAGCUCUUGUUAACAGCGUCCCCAAACUCCCCUAUUGAUCUACUUUGCUGCCUCUAUACUUUGUCGUUACUCUUAUAAAAGUAUUUCACUCUGCAGCUCCCGACUUUCACCGUCAUGCUGAUCGACAUUUCUAUCUUUCUUGUCUCCUCUCCAAGUAGGACUGAUGUCCAAAUGUUGUGCCCCUCCAUGAGUGGUCCAACCCAGCUCUCCCUGACCGUUUCAUGGACAACAGACAGACCCAAGCAUCCAAGUCCGCUGCUUGACUCAACCCCAGCUUGCACUGAAGACCGCACCCAUAACCCCUCACCCCUUAUUGUCACCCUCAGCCCCCCACCUCCCUCUGUCCUACUCUCUCUCAAGCCUCUCCUCACAUUUUGACAACCCCAGUCCUCCCUAAGCCCAACAUGGUAGUCCACAUUCUCAUUCUACUUCUGGUCAUGAUGUGUCGGGGCGUCUUGCUCUCUGUCGGAGACCAGCCACAGCAGUCGCGCCGAGAGAUCCGCAUUGAGGGAGAUCUUGUGCUGGGGGGCCUGUUCCCAGUGCAUGAAAAGGGUGCCGGGAUGGAGGAGUGCGGGCGUGUGAAUGAGGACAGAGGGAUUCAGAGGCUGGAGGCCAUGCUGUUUGCCAUAGACAGAAUCAAUAUGGACAACGUUCUGCUGCCUGGGGUCUCUCUGGGGGUGCACAUACUGGACACCUGCUCCAGAGAUACCUAUGCACUGGAGCAGGUGGGUGAGGGUGAUCUAUGCACAUAAUUAUCUAUUUAAAACACUGUUUAAAUAUAGUUUUGUGUGAGACAAAAUCUUGCCUUUGUCCAUCAAAAAAAGCUUUCCAUUUCAAACUCAAGCAUGGCUUUUGGAAAAACACAACUUACUGACUGACAUCCUCAAAAAACUUACAUGGAUGGAGAGAGUUAUGUAAAAUACAAUAAAAAAACUCCCUUUUAAUGACUUUUUGUAACAAUAACACACCAGCAGCAGACCUGCCCAGUUAAUCUAUCACAGGCAGGUGUGUACUGGGUCUGUGGUCUUUUGGAUCUCCGUUAACAAGGGUCUUAUCAAACAUAUCGUGAGAUAAAUAAGAGCAGGAGAUAAUACAAAGCAUUGACAUUUUUCUGCUGCCCUGUGUCAAAAAGUCUCCACUGCUUUGUGUCAGAGAGUCUCAGAGGAGAUAGAACAACCAAGCUCCCUCUAUGGACAUCCAUUCAGUACCUUCAUGGUGUUGAAUGGAUGUUGGUGUUCCUAUAUUUGCUGCCCCUGAAGUCAGCAUAUGAGGAAAGAGUUGGGUAAUUAGAGAGAAGACUUUUGGUCUACAGAAACCGAAGUCCAGCAAGAUGGGAAUGGUGGUAGAAAUCCCAUUUUGAAAGAACAGUGACAGAUGUGUUCCUUCAGAGUAUUGGAAAGGAGAAGGCUGUUCUGAUCAGAAACUCUUAAAGGUAUGGUGGCUGGCAUCUUGGUGUUGGGGGGGGUGCAGAUUUACCAAGCGAAGUAGUGUGAAGUCCUGAAAUUGGUCAUAGAUGCCUGUCCUUUUAAAACCUCUUGAGUCUGUGAACUCCUAGCUAUUGUUGCCUAGGUUACAGGAACAUGCCAACCAUGCAUUUGAGACUUCUUGGCACUUCAGAAGAGAACAGCUCUGUUAAAAAUGUGUUCUGCUGCUUUGUGGUCAUCAUCAGCUGUGUUCACCUGAUACUACCAGCAAAUAAUGCAGUAUUAGCACUCUUUGGAUAGUUUGUUUUGCAGGCAUGCAGAAGUGUUUUGCAGGUUCAGACUUAGAAAUCUGUGUUUUGAGUGUUGACUUUUGCCUGCUAUUACCUGUGAAUGAAGAUACACCUCUUUUUGACAAAUUGUUUGAAAUGCUCUAUUUAAUUGUUAUUGCUGCUGGUGACUCAAAUUUUACUAGAAUUCACAUAAAAUAUGCUUUACAAAUGGAGUUCUGGUGCAGAAAAAAAAGAAAAAAAUGAUGAUCUUCCAUUUUAACCCAAACCUAUAAAGUCACAUUAGAAGACAUCAAACAUCUUAAAAUACUUUUAUAUCCCAUCUGGGUAAAUUUGAACUUGCCUGAGAUAAUAGAGACAAAUCCUUUGGGAGAAAUAGAUAUUGAGUUUAUUUGCAAUUAUGUAUUAAAUGAGCUGGAUAUUAAAAUAUGACAGGUGUCCCUUAGGAACUGCUAGCUUUGACAAUUACACUCUCUCUCUUGUUAUUGGAGUAUGAGGGGAUGUUUCAUCUGGUGAUCGUAUUCAGAAAAUGAACUGACUGUAUCAGCUGAGGCUUUUUGAUGAUGUGUCGCAGGUUAAUUUGCUGUUUAUCCAAAGACCCACAAUACCAUAAUAUUUACAAAUAGUAUAAAGUCCCAUUAAGAAGACAGAAACCACCAGUCAAACUUAAUUUGCCUGAUAUUCCCAACAAACAGACUUCUUAGAAUUGUGUAGAUCAGUGGUUCUCAACUGGUGUCACUCGGAGACCCACAUUUUCCCAUGGUCCUUAAGUAGCGACCCACUUUUUUAGAAUUCAAACCAACCAAUUUAAUUUUUAUUUUAAAAAAACCUUUAAAGACUCUAAUAAUAAACAUAAAUCCACAUGUUUUAUUGGGUAAAGUGCAUUGACAACAUGACAGACAACAUGAGGACAACAACUACUGAAGUUGCAUACAGAAAAUAUAAGAUAUCUAAUAAAUAUCGCAAUAAAUAUUUACUUUUUUGACCAGCUGUUCGUGACCCAGCCAGAAUAUGUCCGCGACCCACUUUUGGGUCAGGACCCACCAGUUGAAAACCACUGGUGUAGCUAAUAUUGGGCUUAUGGUUCCCAAUAAACUGCACAGCUUUUAAAUGAAAUAAGUGCGUUUCUGUUUCCCAGGCCUUGGAGUUCGUAAGAGCCUCCCUCACCAAGGUAGACGACACUGAGUUCAUCUGUCCUGACGGAUCUUACGCUCUGCAGGAGGACAGUCCGCUGGCGAUUGCUGGAGUCAUUGGUGGUUCCUUCAGUAGCGUUUCCAUACAGGUAAUGCAUUUCACACCGGUACAGGAGCCACACAAAUACAUUUCACUAUCACCAUGUCUUCUUUCCUCAUCUUUUACUCAUCCAUGCCCAUCAAUGUGCAAUGCCCAAGUGUGCAAAUGCUGACUUCCCGUGACUUAGCAUGUAUGUGUGUGUGUGUGUGUAUACUUAUUUCUUAGAAUCAGUUCCAUAUUUGCGCCUUGUGUGUCUUCCUAGCUCCUGUAGCUCUUGUCACAGAGCCGGGUAAUUUGCAUAGUUUAGCAUAAAACCUCCUUCUCCUUUACUCCUCUGUGGCUGCACAAAAGCAUCUUCCUAUCAGUCCUUAAAUCCCUAAUCUCUGCAACGUCUUCCUGUAUUCGCUUUUUCUCACUGUUUCUUUUCCUCCCUUUUUUCUUUUAUUUUUUUUUCUGUUCCUCAAAUCUUUGCUCUCUCCCUUCUUUUACUUCCAUCUCCUCUUUUUUUUCUCCAUCUUCAUAAGCAUUCAGAGGCAUCCCUCUCAGCUAUUUAGGAAGAGCUCGGUGUAUGCUGACCUCAGCCCCCUUCUUCUUCUCCUCCUCCUUCUUCCUGGGGCAACCGUUAUUAACCCAUCUUUUGCCCUUCAUCACUCAUAAUUAUCCCUUGUUUUUUGCUGCUCAGUCUUGUUGCCCUUUGUAAUUGUUGCUGUUGUUUUUAUCUAUAUUUCCUAUGAGGCAGCACUAUUUACUGAAUCCAAAAUGUAAUCCCUCGUCUGAUCUCUAGUCAGUGACGCUAAUCCAGCAGCCUUCCCAUACUUCUUUCUACUUCGCCAGCUUCUUUAAAACUAGGCAACAGGAAUUAAUUUCAUCUCUGACUAUGUAAAACUUAACUUCAGUGUUUUAAAGGCAUUAACAUACCAUGCAUGAUCCCUCCCCUCCACUCCAACACAUGCAUGUAUGUGUCGCGGUGUGUCUACGUGCGAGUGUGUGACUUGCAUUCCAAGCAGAAAACACACAGCAGCCCUCCACUGCACCAAUUUUUUCCUCCUUUUCCUUUCAUUUUUUUCCCUACACAUCCCUCAUAUUCAGUCCGUUCCUACAGUGUCUCUCUCUCACAGGAAGGUAGCGGCUCUUCACUAACAAAGUAAACUCUCAGUGUCCCUACAGACAGGCCUCUUAGCUAGCUGUAGUCAUUGUUCACCGGCAAGUAAUGGAGCAAUGCAGUUAAAUUUUGCAGCAUGACCUUCCCUGACAUUCAAGUCAACUGCCAUCUUUAAACCAUAAAACCUGCGGCGAGUACUAUAAGCAGCAUGCGUGCGUGAGAGUGUGUAAUACUUGUGCAUUAGAGUCCAUGUGUCUGUGCAGGUGUUGGUAUGGAUGUGUCAUCUCGCAUCGUGCACACCAUUUUAUGUCUAUGAGUGAACAUCCUAAUCUUCUAUAUUAUUAGUCUAAUGAGAUUCCGACACGUUGUCAAAACAGCUCAUCAACUGGGCUAUGAAUGAAACAUAGAAAAGCCCAGAGUGAUGCGCUCUAAAAGGAUUAAACUGAAGCUAGAACAGAAUGUCUGUUAUUAUGUAUUUAUUGUACGUGUGUGCCUAUUUUCUUGUGUUUGUUUACAUGCACACAAGAAUGUGUAAUUCUUGUACUUCGUCUAUAUUUGUAGUGGCAUCCAUAACAAAACACAUAAUGAAGAGAACAUGACCAAUCAUCAUUAAGCGGAAAUAUUGUAGGGACAUCAGUAGAGCCAUCACUAAUGUACGAGUCGGAGAGUUAUUGAACCCUCAGCCCGCGUGUUUGUGUGUGUGCUUUAUUUUGCUUCUUCAUGUGCACAUAGUACUGUAUGCCCUCACUUGCUGCCUUUCCUUAAGUUAUCACAUUAUGUAUGAAGCAACAGUGGCAGCUGUGACUCUGAGAGAAGAGUGGUUCAUCCAUUAAGAAGAAGAUCUGUGACUCAAUCCCCUGCUUUCACAGUGCACCUGCCAAAGCGUUUUUGGGCAUGAUAUUGAAGCCACAAAACGCAAACAGCUAAUGGUGUGUGAGAGAAAUUGGUUAAAUAACAUCUCCAUACUAAAGAAAGGAGGGAUGACACAUGUAGUGUGAAGGAUUUUGAUUGGUUGAUGGUCUAUAAAACGGCAGUUUUCCAAGAUUUAGUACAUUUGCUUUAAACACAUCCAUUAUUCAAGUAUAUAUCAAACUUUUUUCAGGUUUUUGUCAUUAUACCCACUAUUUUUACAAGAAUUAAGUUGUAUUAAAUUCAUUUUCUUCAAAGUCAUAGGAAAGUCAUUACACUAAAGUAAAAAAAUCUGUUACAAACUUCAGGUUGUUAUUUAGUCAACAAUUAGCAACGUAAUACUGUUUUGAAGGGGGGUUCAGCUCUGUUUUCUGCAAUCUUUCAAAGUCCUGAAACUCUUAACAUUAAAAAAAUUAGAAACAAUUUCAAAAGAAACUCCAUGUUCCUCUUGUUGGUACAAACAGCUGGCCGCUCACCACAAACCAAAAUUAGGACUUAAUCACAACUCUAUUCUUCGAACAUGGAGACUUUGUUCUUGUAAUAUUAUGGCUUUGCUACAACUUAAGUCUAGUCUUAUAAUGACGUUACUGUAAUUUUAUCUUGUAAUAGAAUGAGUUUACCAUGACUAUUCUUGUAAGAAAAAAUCGUAUUGAUUUUUUAAAUGUGUAUUUUAAUAUUAGAUCAUAUAGACAAGGAUAAAUUUACUUUCCAGCUACCAAAUUCAAUUUUUUUACAGCCUGUUCAUGAAGGAUUGGUCCACUACUUUUCCUCUUUGCUAAUGUUGUGAAAGUUUAAGAGCCAUGGUGGUGUUGUGAAGUCAUUCUGCUUAAACACUAAAUGACUGGAUGCUUCCACAAUGCCAUAAUGCUAUCUAAAAUGGGAACAUAUCAGCGUGCCAUUUUUUCCUUUAACAUAAGGUAUAAGCAUAAUGUUGGAAAAGAACAAUGUUUUAACUGUACUAUGAAUGGAAACUUUAAGUUUAGUGUUGUUUAUAGGGGUAAAGCAGGUCAAUGUAAAGACUGUAAUUAAAUGAAAAUGGUAAGUUCAAUGUUAAGUGAUGGUGAGUAGGUUCCAUAUGUUUCCUUACAUUUAGAUGCUUGCCAUCUAUGUUAUACACAAAGUGUCUUUUUUGUUAUUGUUGUUGUUGGAGUACUUAAAAAUAAACUGUGAGGUAAGGUAAGUGACAUUGCUGCUGAUGCCUCUCCAGACAUUUGAAUUGUAAACACUUGGAGCGGCUGCUUAUUCACUACUCUAACUCUCUUCUGCCAGACUGAUGCCAUGUGCUUUCCACUGGGAUAACUGCUAAUCCCUCUCUUGCUCGAAGAGAAUACUUUGAUGAGUCAGAAUAAAGUUGUCAUACAUUUUGAAAGGGUUUGUACUUUAUGAGUUAAUCACCCAAAUUAUGUCUCAUUUUAGUCCAUCUCUUUUUCUCAGGUCGCCAAUCUUCUCAGGCUGUUUCAGAUUCCUCAAAUAAGCUACGCUUCAACCAGUGCAAAGUUGAGCGACAAGACACGCUACGAUUACUUUGCCCGCACUGUGCCCCCUGACUUCUACCAGGCCAAAGCCAUGGCAGAGAUUCUCCGCUUCUUCAACUGGACGUAUGUGUCUACUGUUGCGUCAGAGGGGGACUACGGUGAAACUGGCAUAGAGGCUUUCGAACAGGAGGCCCGCAUGAGGAACAUCUGCAUUGCUACUUCGGAGAAGGUAAAUCAUGGAAGGGCAUAUAAUAAUGCAUUUAAAUCAGCAGGACUACAAGCAAUCACUGCUAGGAGCGAUACAACGAAAUCACACACUUUUAUCAGCAGUGUCACACUGGUGUAUGGCCUUGAGCUGCAGCAGUAACACUGAGCAAGGUGCUGAAUUUGUGGCCUCAUAAAAGUUUGUAUCCAAUUCUUCUUGUUGUCUUACACACAAAUAGGUUUGAUAUUACACUGGUGCUUUCAGUUGUGUACCAAUAAAUGAGAGCUUAUCUUGAGAAACUCAUUCUGGGUAGUCUCACAGUCACAUUUUUCAUCUCAUUUGCUUGGGAGGUGCACGGUGAAGUGAAAACACAGUACCCUAAAUAUUUUUAGCUUGCUUUUUUCUGCGAAUGGUGGAGAUAAAUUGUCCCAACUGGAGGAUGAGACUAAAAUAUAGAAAUAGAAGACACACUCACAAUACAUCUCUUAAUACAUUAUUGCUCUCUAUCCAUACAGGUGGGGCGUUCCAAUGCCAAGAAAUCCUAUGAAGCUGUUAUCCGUCAACUCCUCCAGAAGCCCAAUGCCCGUGUGGCUGUCCUCUUCUUGCGAAGCGACGAUGCAAGAGAGCUGCUGGCAGCUGCUGCCAGGCUUAACACCUCCUUCAUCUGGGUGGCGAGCGAUGGCUGGGGUGCGCAGGAAAGCAUUGUCAAGGGAAACGAGGUCACUGCGGAGGGAGCCAUCACACUUGAAUUGGCUGCCAAUCCUGUUCCAGAAUUCAAUCGGUACUUUCUCGGUCUUAACCCUGUUAAAAACCAUCGUAAUCCUUGGUUCAGGGAAUUCUGGGAGCAACGAUUCCAGUGCUCUUUGGGAAGUGGGGGAGGAGGCGAGUUGCCUCUCCCACCAUGUGACGAAGACUUAUCAAUGGACGAGAGUAACUUUGAACCGGAGUCCAAGAUCAUGUUUGUGGUGAACGCAGUGUACGCCAUAGCCAUCGCUCUCAAUAACAUGCAGAGGAGCCUGUGCUUUAACACCACCAAGCUGUGCGACAGCAUGAAGGCAUUAGAUGGGCGCAGACUCUACAGGGAUUACAUCCUUAAUGUCAGCUUCACAGGUAAGAGAAGUGGUGCAAUAUGGUGUUAAAGGUGGAUGAAAAGACGGCAGAAGUAAAAGUUGAAGAUGAAGUUGAGAAGAGAGGAAAAAAUUAAAGGAUAGUGAGGAAUAGGCAGGAAUAUAAGUUUUGUGCCUAGUUAACAGUCCUCUCAAGAACAACACAGGAAUGUUAUCCUUCUCAUAAGCCAAAGCAACCAAGCCAAAGAACACAACAAGUACCGAGACAAAUCCACUUAAUUGCUAUGUAUUGUCAGAGCCAGCCUGCCAUUGACACCUAUUACCCAUGCGUAAUUUAUACGACACUACAAAGUUGCUUUGAGGAAAGAGCGCUGCAGUUAAUCCGUCAGCCAUAUUCUUCUUUCUUGCACUAAUGAGAUUGUGUGUGUUAUAAUAGCUCCUAUAGCAGGCUGCCAGUCUGUCUGUCAGUCUCUGUAGAGUUGGGAGAAGAAGAGACAGAGGAUUGGCUUGACUGACAGAUGGCGUACAAAGGAAGCGUUAUAAAUAAACUGCUGUGUCUUGGGGACUGACACAGGUUUAGAGGUGCUUAUUCCUCCACCAACCGUGACCAAGAGCAGACAUCAAAACCGCCAGACAAACAGCACUUACACGGCAGCUUUGCAGCUUUGGACGCUGGGGAGAGAGCAGAAGGGAUGGAUGGAGGACAAAGAAUGGCAUCACCAAAGAAGGGAGGGGGAAGGAGGCUUACAGAUAAGAAUGACAGGCAGACUGGAAUGGAAAAAAGAGAGAGUUUAGGGUAAGGUAAAGAGGAGUAAGGCAGAAAAAGAGAUAGGGAGGGAAGGAAAGAAGGAACAAGGGAGCAGUGAGGCAAUGAUAGAGUGGGACAGCAUGCGUCAGCAGAAGAUGAGGCUUCUCUUUGAAAUUCCCCAUCUUCAUUUUUGCUACAAAUCAAAGGACUUGGAGCAUUUCUGCCUGAGAGGAGGGAGACAGAAAGAGAGGGAGAACGUAAGUAAGAGUUAGAGAGAAAGACAGGGAAGAAACAGUGAAGGAAAAUGCAGUUACAGGAUAGCCACUCCCUUCUAGGAUGCUUACAGAGAGGGAUGGCUCAGAUAUGCAGAUUCACACAUGGAAAGUUUCAAAAGGCUGAGGAGUAAGUUGGAGAUGAUGGUGUGAAUCCCUCUGUGACUCUAUGUUUGUUGAUCCCCCCCCUCCACUUCCUCCAUGCCUCUCCUUUUUCACUUGUGAUGUGCAUCCAUGAGGCGCAUGUCUUACACUGCAGUAGAAACAGAGAGGCAGGAUGUAAAAGGUUGAGUUUUUUUUUACUGCUAAACUAAAUGGCGACAGCAAACAGCUAUAUUGGUUCCAAAGAGGAAAUGACUGGAAGUGCCUUUUUUUUUACUGGUUAGUUUGUCUUGUGUGACGCACUCACUCUGCUGUACAUAGAAGUCCCUCCGUCUACAGUAUGUUAGGAAGGAGCUGAGGUGAGUUGAGGUUGAAUGUGGGGUAUAAAUACUGCAGCAUCACCAUCCGCAGUGCUCCCAGUCUGAACUGUAGCAGACGCAAAACCAACACUUUUCUGCGUUCCCUGCUUCUCUCCAAUCUCCUUCUCUUCUACACAUAGGCAUGUUCAUUUUACUGAUCCGACAUCAGAGCAAAGUUGAUCCCACUGGUAUCUUCAGACCGUCUUCAACAUUACUUACAUAAGACUGCUUUUCGCUGUAUGUUUUUCUCCGGCAGUGUAUGUGAUGCACAGGAGCGUUAUGUUGUGCAGUUUGGAGUGUGUUUUUAUAUGCUGCUCUCUUUAUCUAGCCUCAUCUCGCUAGUUGCUAUGGUAAUGAAGCCGACACCAUUGCCAAUUGUUGAAGUGAUCCAGUAGAUCAUGGGAGCUGCUCUCGACCAUCCAGUAUCACACAGGGGCGCGUUUUUGCAUUUUUUUUUUUUUUUUUUAAUAAUCACAAAACACACACAUACAAACAGACAAGAGGCUAAUACACAAACACAGUCAGCGUCUUUACAAAGAGGCAGCUUGAAAUGCUUGUUUUUUUUUUCAGCAGUAUGAAAUUGCAGACACCCCCAGCCCACACACUUCUCAAAGCCAUCAUUCAACUCCCACCCACCCACCGCCCUGAUCUGCAGCAAACAUAUCAGUAUACACAUACACGCACGCACACACACACACACACACACACACACACACACACACACACACUUCUGUUGAAAUAGUGGUGAUAGAUGUGAUAUUCCCUUUUCUCUGCGCUUUUGAGUGUGCACAAAUGUGUGUGUGCGUGUGUUUGUUAGAGAGAGUGUGUGUGAGUGUGUGUGAGUGAUACGUCUGUGUUAGCAGAGGCGGUGUGCCUUCAGGGCCAUAUUGAGCAGUGAGCUUACUGCAACAUUAAGAUGCUAGAGAACAACCUUCACUCCUUCUCUUCCUCAUUUUUUUUACCUUCACACUCUUCCUCCCUCUCUCUGCCUGACACGCCGUAUCUCUGUCUUUCUCCCUCUCUUUCUCUCACUCUUGAUCAGUCCAUCGCCCUAUUCCUCUCCUUCUCUCUUCUCUUUCUCACCCAGAAAACUCUCUCUCUCUCUCUUUCUCUCUCUCCUCUCUCUCUCUCUCUCUCUACAUUCAAAAACAGCACAUCCCACUCAGACUUCACAAGGUUGCUCUUCUGCCUCCGCCGCCUCUCAGCGCUGGUCUGUUCCUGCACUCCUUUCCUUUUGCUCAUCCCUCCAUCCAUCCCUUCACCUUCUCUCUAUUGAUUCAUCCGUCCAAAGGCCUUUUUCCAUCCACCUGUAUCUCCACUGGCGUCACAUUAGUCUCCUUCUCUUGUGCUAUCUCCUCUCUCUUUUUCUCGUGUAAUCUUCUCCCUCCUCUCCCUUGUCACUUCCCUCCUUUCUUUGCACCUUAUCUUGUCUCCUUGCUCUUCCUUCCUCCCAACACCUCCUUGCUUUUGGCCUGCCGUUUUUUCCCCCUUUUGUUUCCUCUAUCUCAACACCUUUCUUUCAGUCAAGCCUUGGCCCUCUGCUGCUGCAGCACAUUUCUCCAAUACAUUUCUCUCCCUUGUUCUUGACUUCGUCUUGUCUUGCCUUUCUGCCCUCUGUUCCCCUGUGGCCAGUUGGUCCAUGGCGCGGGCAGCCCCUUCAUACCGAGAGAGCAAAUCUGUCGGGAGAACAAGUAUAGCUGAUGGGAUGAGUUAGUGACGUGUGAGUGCAUCCUUGUGUCUGUGUCUGUAUGCGCUCAGAUAUACUGUGUGUGUCUCCCUGUGGGGCACAUGUGUAUAAGGUCACAGGAGAACAAAAACUGGUCAAAUAAGGUGGAAGUCAUUGAAAGCAUCCAGAGAUGUUGAGUAUUUAUAUUUUCAUCUGAAACGGAUUUGCAUUUGUGCAUGAACUAGCAUGCAGUGUUUACUUUGUCAAGCUUAAAUCAGGAUUAAGUCAGGGAUUCAGAUGAAUUGAUGCUUAGAAAUAUCAUUCUUCAUUCCCUAGCCAAGAACUAAUCAACAGCACGCUUCUGAAUUUUCAGAAUACACUCACACAAAGAAGAUUCCUCCUCUCUCUCUCUCACACACACACACACACACACUUUCAUAUUACUUAUUCCUACUUAUUCCUCCCAAGCCUCUUUUCUUUUUUUUCUCUCUCUUCCCGCCUUUAAUACCCACAAUCCCUCUUGGGUUUUGCUUUAGCCCGACAUGGCCGAGAACAUAAUUAAUUUCACAGCUUCUGAAUGAAAAGCCUGUUUUCACCAUGCUUCUAAUUAGGCUAGAAUAAUAAGGUGUUUCUGCAGUUAGCAGGAAUGCAAGUGUCUUACAAAAAUUUGGGAUCUUGUUUUUCUAAAUCGGUGGUUUGUCCCCAAAAACUUUAUUUGCUUUUUGUUCCGUGAUUUGUUUCUGUUCUCCGGCUCGAGCUGUUUUGAUGAUUGCAAUCACAAGUGAAGCAGACUUGGUGGACAUGUGAAUUUGUAGUUCCACGACAGUCACGAUACAUGAAGAAAUUGAAGGCUAAGAAGGCAGGUUUAUGCUUGAAUGCUGGAGGCAACUCGACAGCAUGAAAAAUCUGUCAAAGCUGCAAGUAAUGCUGUGGGUCAAAUCCUUCUUUGGGCCUCAGCUGGUCUUGUCUGGACCAGCGGAAAGUAUUUGUAUGGAUGAGAUCACACAGAUUCAUCAAUCAUUUGUGUUUUAGGGCCACAGUUGUGUUAGAGUAAGAGUUUUAACGCUGCAGGGGAGACCAUACUGCUGUUAGAAAGCAGUCACCACAUUGAAUUAUCCAGUGAUCAAACUGGUUCAGUUCACAGUCCAUAAAGCUAAAAAGAGAUGCAGUAGAGGGGCAGCUCAGGCUAAAACUUACUUUCAACAACACUAGCAAGAACUUGUCAGCAGUGAGUCUGCCAAAAUACAUCUUCUGUUCUUGGCAUGUAAAGUGCAGCACCUCUACUUCUGUUAGACAAAUGGUGAAGAAAAUGCUUCUCAGACACCCAAAGCUGCAGUCCAGGACCUGUCCUGCUGACUGAUGUGUACGCAGCCGCUCGCUGAUAGAACUUCUCAAUCACCCUGUGAAUUAUCUUAGCUUCCAAGCCAAGAGACCAACCUCUGUAAUCUUCCCCAAAUGGUCAGGUCAUCCAGCUAGUUUAAUAAAAUACAAGUUUUUUUUUAAGGGUGUGGGAAGUGACUUUGAGUUAAGGGUGCUGUUAUCAGAAGUGCAUUAAUUUUCUUUUUGCAUUGGCACAGUCUGCAGGCCACACUGCUUUAUACCCUUUUUAUGCUUCAAGUUUAAAUACAAGCGAUUGUGUGAACAUCAAUACAGAUUCAAAUUCUAAACAAUAUGGGUCACUAUAUUAUGUGUCAAAUGCCUGUCUUUGCAACUACCAGACUAUCAAGAAAGAGCAAAAAUACAGUAAAGACAGUAAAGGCUGUAAAGCUUACUAAACUGAACUUAUCCAAAUAUGCUCAAUUUUUAUACACGCACAUACACAGCCGCAGGCAUCAUGUACAUACAUGCAUCACACCAGUCAGCAAAGCUACCAUCGCCAGGGGAAAAAAGGACACAAGAACUGCACAGCAAAGCAGACAAUAAAACAGCUAACACAUGGAACCGCGGAAAGGGCGCAUUGCGCAAAUCAGCAACAUCCACUAUAUCCAAAUCAGCACAUUAUUUUAACCAACAAAAUGAGUCCGUGCAGCACAUACCAAUCAACUCAACUCAUUUGUAUUUUAGCAGCCAAAUUAUCUUUGUGAAAAUAAAGCUUAACAUCAGUGUUGAACUGCUCGGCGGCAGUGAAUGAUGAACCAACUUCCUUACCUUAACUUGACGGAGCUCAGCUUGCGUGACUCCAACCACGGCUUGUUGGCGCUCAGAGGUUGAUGAAAUAUAAUUAAGUCCAUAAUAAGGGCAUUAGUGAUCAAAGAAGUCAAUAUUUCUCUGUAGGACAGGUGUGCGAGUCUUUUCUGUGUCAUGAUGGUUCGUAGCCAAGUUUUUAAUCACUGUAAAUUAAAGGAUGAACGAUGAUGCCAGAUUGGAGUGAACAGACACAACAGAGUCUGAGUUGUCCGCCUCCGUAAACAGAGCUUUGGUUUGUGGAUGAAGUUUGGCCUGAUAAGAAGUUCGCUGUGGAAUCUCUGGAGACCCUUCCAAGCAUGUUUUGUCGGAGCAGCAGCACCGAACUGAGGAGUGGCGGGCUCCGAGGGGCUUCUGUGACAAUCUUUUUGUCGGUAAAACAAAACUAGAGCCAUGAGUCGGCGGAACAGUUCAGUGCAACCAUUGAAUCCCCCUGGACCUUCCGAUAACCUCCUUGUGCGUUUUUAGCAGCUGGUGGUUUGCGAAACAAAACCGGAUUUGUUUUCUGCGCCAUUACGAUAGCUAACUACUGGAAUGAUGCAGCUGCCAGGUGAGGUGACAAGCUCAGGUAGGCCUACAUAGACCAUGAUGCCUAGCGCCAUUAACAAAUUUAAAAAUUACUAGCCUAUAAUUAUUACUCAUAUUUUCCUAAAACAUUAAAAUUCAACUUUAUAAUGAUAAGAAGAGAACAAAAAUCAUUUUAAAAUCAUUAAUUCGUUCAUUUUGGUACCAGGAAAGCAUGGUGUCAUGUCUGCCGUUUCCGGUAGGGGGCUCGCUUACUUCCGAAAGCUUUAACGUCACUGUAGAGAAUCUGUUAGGGUUAGCAUCUGACCCUAAACAUAUUCAAGUCAUUAAUGAAGUACUUGAGGGAGACUAGCUUAUUGUACAGAGUUUAACUUUGGAGCUUAUAUGUACAGGCAGAUACUUUUUUCUGCUUAAUUUCCUGUGACACACUCCAAUCCAGUAGGUGGCGGUAAUGCUCCUAAAGCUCGUUGCCAACCGCCAAUAAAACAAACAGGAAGAAGAAGCCUUCAUAUCAAUAAUAAUAUAAACUUCUGCCAACUCAAAGGAAAAGGCAAAUGUGUACUUUUGACUAUAUGACUGACUUUAUAACUCACACGGGGUGGUGACAGUCUUUUCAGCAGUAUCAGGUUUGGAGUCACCCACUGCCACUGUCCUCAAAAGUGGAUUUCAAACACCUACUCGAGGUCUUAGAGCUUCACUAGUACCUACUACCAAAUAAGAAGCAUUUCUCCAAAAAAACUAAUCUCUUUCUUUAUUGUGACAUAGUAAAUUACACACAUAGGCUACACAUAAAUAAGAAAGACAGUGUAAGACAAGAGAUAUCAUGGCUUGUAUUAUCUUGAGACUUGUGUUUGUUAACAGCAAUAUGUGAGCACUAAUGCCAGUUUACUGUUUCCCAUUUGUCAAAAUAACUAUGAAAGACCUCUUUUCAUUGUAAAAAAAUGAAAAUGAGAAAAUGCUUUCUGCUAUCACUGGUGAGCCAACUUGCUGCAAAAAGUGUGAAGUACAGUUUCUCCUAUUGUUCUUGUUAAUCUUGGCAAGCCAAAUGUAGUAAUAGCGUUAACUUUAAAUAGAUGGAGUAAAGUUAUUCAGGAUGUGUGACAAAAGUCCAGUUAAGUGUGAGGUCUUAAUUAUAUUAGAUUAAUAAAAAUUCAAUCUUGUGAAGUGAAUCGUAUCAUUCCUUUGUAUUGUGGUAUCAAAUCACACUGUGCUGAAUUGAUCAAGUUGAAUCAAACUGAAUCAUGAUUUUGGGUGUGAUAAAUAUCAUCGCACAUUGCUAGUUGCUGCAUAAUGUAUCUCUGAUGUAUCAAGUUGUGUAUCCUACUUCAGACCUCACACUAGAGGUACACACCUGACAAACAAAAGAACCUGAUAAUGAAGGAGUCUAAUGAAACUGUAGGAGUCAUCAGACAAAUAAUAAUUUUAUCAAAUGACGCUUAAUGAGUAACAUACUCCGUUAAGAGUUAAGAUCAUUGAUGCUGGUAAAAAAACCCUCACUAAAGAGGUUCACAUUAACACACCGCUGAAGACCCUUUGUCUUGCUUUGUCUCCAUGUCUAACUCUGACGACCUCAGACUUUUCAAAUCAGCCCGGAGCAGCGUUUGAGAGAUUGCUGUCUAUCAGUCAAGGACCCGUGCUGCCUGUCUCAGCUCUCUGCAGUCACCAGAGGAGCCUCAGUGGCCUUCGCUAGCUCGAACUUGCACCUUCAUACACUUUUCUGAUAAGCCACUCUGUCACGUCAGCAAGCUCAGUGGUGUGGGUUAGGAGGAGGAAUCGCCCGCCCUCUGAGCCAGGCCUUCUCUGAAUGUGUUUUGUAAGAGGGAAGUCAAGGACAAUACAGCGCCAUCAAACAGGUCUGGAGGCCAACGCUGUUAUCUCUUUAGCCUGUAAAACACGUAAUUACCACAUACAGCUCAUUAGGCUUCAGCACACAUCUUAGGUCCUAAUAAGGUGCAGUUGUGAUAAUUAGCUUGUGGCAAAAUGUUCCUGUGAAUGUGUAUAGAUAUCUUAGAGAAGGCGGCCCAGCUUGUCUCAUAUAGCUCAGGAUUAUUAGCAGGCUUUAUUAUCUGCCAACUUUCAGUCUAAUGGCUUCAUAACUUGUCUUCGUCUGAAGAUAUUAUCAGCCCCUUCUUAUUGAAAUCAUUUUCAUUUAGCUGUCACCUAAACAUUUAGCCCCAAAUCCAAAGAAGACUUGACAGCUAGAAUUUCCGGUGACAGUGAGAGAGAUAGAGGGAGUGGGAAAGAGAGAGCGAGAGAAGCAGGGUAGUGCUGUCUCAGUGAUUUAUGGAUUUCAUAAACCCUAACCCCCCCUGCUGCCAUCUGACACACCAUUCUUCUCUGAACACUCUGAGCUUUAACAACAAUAGCACUACUUUAGCUCCUGUCAGUAAGCAUGCACGUUCGCACACACACGCACACCUUUGCCGCCACACACGCGCGCUAACAGCAGGGUCAGAGCUGUGGCCCUGUCAGCACAGCCUCCCACAGCACUCAGAGCAAUACCUUAACCAUCACACUGUAAAGUAAAACCUAAUGGAGCGACCAAAGGUGUGUGUGUGUGUGUGUGUCCGUUUUUCUACCCAACAGCAUUUUCCAACUCUGUAUUUUCUGAUUCACUUCAACGCUCCUAAGUUGGAAGAAAAGGUUUUGGCAUGCCAUUCUUUCAUUUACCCGAUGACACAAAGACACGAGAAAGGCGGAACAAUAUCAUCACCGCUGUAGCGAGCCUUGUUAACAUUAUGGAGUGAUGCUCUGUAAGCCCAGUGUAUGUCGCACUAUCCCCAAGCCACAUCAUCAUUUGACAGGAAGGCAGAAGCGUAUCACAACCAGUCAUGUACAGUGUAUGGGCUGCAUAGAAUUGAUAGCUCUGCUGUGAGGAAAGAAGUGGCUCUGUAGGAGUGACAUGCUGUUUGUCUGUAUCAUAACAACUGGGUGUCAGCUCUGUCAGGUCCAACACUGCCUGUAUCACAUCAAGAAUUUACUUCUUUUUUCCAGCCUGAAGAUGCUUUUUUCUUGACUUUUUUCUUUAAUGGUCUGAGCUUCCUGCCAAUUUCACAAUGUCUUGUGUUCCCACAUCCUCGGGGUAGAUGGUAAUCCUUUCAUAACAACUUGUAUACAAACCAAUUUGGCAGUUUCAGCAGUGUAGCUCCCUCACAUAAGAGACCCAGAGGCUGAUUCUUUCUGUGUGUGGGUAGCUCUAGCACUACCCAGGGAAUCAGUCGCCUGCCUUUAUGCCUAUAUGACUCUAUGGGCAGUUUGUUAAUGAUGCAUUCGGUAAUAAAGUUUGUCACAUCAGAAUUUAGAGCAGGGGUUUGUCCCUAUGUGACCCCAGGGAAGGAUUGGAGACCAUUGAUGCACACAGAUAUUACCAGGCAAAGCAGGCAUUUAUAGCCUCUUAGCAAAUACUUUUGUGACUGACUGGUCUUUGGUAAUAAAAACACUAUUGUAAUCUCCACCACUAUCUUUUUUUGUUCCCCAAGGGCUUAACUGACCACAUCUUCUUGUCUCUGUUCUCAAUAGUGUUUAAAAGAAGCAUCAAUGAGAUAUCCCUGGGAUGAUUGUUUGUGUUUUUUAAGCUUUUAACUCCUCCAUUUACACACGUUCUUACUUUCUGUUCUACUCCAACAGCACCAUUCACUCCUCCAGGCAUUGAGACGCUGGUGAAGUUUGAUUCCCAGGGGGAUGGCAUGGGCCGAUACAAUAUCUUCAGCUACCAGCGCUCCGCUGAUCGUUAUGGUUAUGUGCCAGUAGGAGAAUGGGCAGAGAGUCUGAGCCUGAGCAACGAACUGAUUCACUGGCCCAGAGAAGUGGUGCCUACCUCGCAGUGUAGCGACCCCUGUGAGCGCAAUGAGAUGAAAAAAAUGCAGGCAGGUAGGAGGCAAUGUUCCCUUUUUUUAUUAUAGAAACACACCAUAGCGAGCCUUUUGAAAAAUCUCAGACUGUCACACUCUGCUGCUCAUAUUCCUUUCUCCCAGGUGAGUACUGCUGCUGGAUCUGCACAGCCUGUGAGCCUCAUGAAUACCUGGCAGAUGAGUUCACCUGCUCGCCUUGCGCCCCUGGCCAGUGGCCAACUGACGAUCUUACAUCCUGUUACGACCUUCCUGAGGACUAUAUAAUGUGGGAGGACGCUUGGGCCAUUGGUCCAAUUACUAUAGCAUGUGUAGGGUGAGUGAUAAAGAGCUGUCAACAUGAUAUCAGUUUCUGACUGGUCCUGAGAGGUAUUUCUGCGUGUGUCCGUUUAUGCUGGUGUUAGACCAGGGGAGGGUUCUGGUGGCUAAUAAAGCUGCUUUUCCACUAGACAGUACGGCGCAGGACUGUUUGGCACAGGACACAAUUAUUUGCGUUUCCAUUUUCAGAAGUUGGGAAAGAUAUCCAAAUGAUCAAUCUGUACUCUUCUACUUUUUCAGCAAUUUUCUGUUGAGUUUCAAAGUGUAGACACAGCAAUGAGAGAGAGGAGAGGAGAGGCAAGGAAGAUGUAUUUUUAUUCAUAUCAAGAAAUGCUUGCAGAUGUUUUGAUGUGCUCUUAUCAGGAAAUGAUUUUGAUCAAAAAAAUUGUUUACUCAUGUCAAAGUAUAUAAGUACCAAUCAAAACUUUGCCAUCAUUAAACUUUCUCCCCUCUCUGCCUGCACAACUCUCUCUUAAUACAGGUUCAUGUGCACAGGCCUGGUGUUCUGGGUGUUCGUCAGACACAACCACACACCACUGGUGAAAGCUUCAGGCAGAGAACUAUGUUACAUCCUCCUCUCAGGAGUCUUCAUGUCCUACGCCAUGACUUUCCUUUUCUUGGCCAAACCCUCUCCUGCCAUCUGUGCCCUUCGGCGCCUCGGCCUAGGCACGUCAUUUGCUGUCUGCUACUCUGCCCUCCUUACCAAAACCAACAGGAUCGCCAGAAUUUUUAAUGGCGUAAAAGAUGGAGCGGGAGCAGUGAGGCCACGCUUCAUUAGCCCAUCCUCUCAGGUGAGUGAUUGCAGCAUCAUGUCCAUCCAUCUGCAUCAGUCAGAUGGAUGGACGGUUGGACACACAGAGGACGUUGUGGACCUUACCUACUUCUCCUCCUCUUCUUUUUCAGGUGUUUAUCUGUCUAAGUUUAAUUUCCGUCCAGUUGGUGAUGGUGUCAGUGUGGCUGCUGCUGGAAGUUCCUGGGACACGGCGUUUCACCUUGCCAGAGCGACGGCAGACUGUCAUUCUCAAGUGUAAUGUACGUGACUCCAGCAUGCUGCUGUCACUGGGAUAUGACGUGCUCCUGGUCAUCCUGUGUACUGUGUAAGUGUGAUAUAGUUGCUUCAAUUUGCAAUAAAGAUUUGGUAGAAGAAUACGUCAGAGAGGCUUCAUAGUUCAGCAAAUAACCCACAUUUUACUGAUUUGAAAUUAGAGGUUACUUACUGUUGAUUUCUCCAUUGUAACAAUAUUUGGCGAUAUUAGGUAGAAGACAUCUCUUUCCGGUUUGUUUCUGUGUAAUUAGAAAUUGUUCUUUUUUCAAGGUAUGCCUUCAAGACCAGGAAGUGCCCUGAGAACUUUAACGAGGCCAAGUUUAUUGGAUUCACCAUGUACACCACCUGUAUCAUUUGGCUGGCAUUUCUUCCCAUCUUCUAUGUCACAUCCAGUGACUACAGGGUAAAAUCUUCCGAAACACAGACUCACACAGUUGCACAUAUAUUUUUCUCUGCCUUACAAAAAUAACACCAUGACCUGACUUUACAUUUCCUGCCAAGAUCUUGUUUGCUCGAUUCAUAAAAAAAAGAAGUCCACAAAUGGAGAGAAGCUGUUUUCUUGGGCCUCACUUGAAGUGAAGACAGCCGCUUUGUGCUUUCGCAUCAUUUUUUGCAUACAGACAUAUCUUAUACAAAAGACAAAUCUCCUCUAUAACUCGACGCAAAAGGAAGUUGUUGUUGUUUUUUCGCUCCACAAACAGAAACAGAGUCCCGAGAAUGUAACCAUGACAACACAGGUCUAGUGGCAACUUAAACAGUCUCAAAUCCUGCUGUCAAAAAUCCCAGCGCUGCAGUACCGGGAUGACAAGCAGACAGGCUCAGUCAAAGUGCUGACACAUGUCCAGAUAUCACAGCAAAGGGGAGGGAGUGUUCACCUGGUACAUACAAAUCAUAAGCAUGCUGUACACACACUUUCACACACACGUAGUGCACUGUAUCAAAGGGCAUAUGAGAGAAGUGCUGAUGCCGGGGCUCCUCAUUUGAUCCCCUCCCCCCCCCCCUCUCUCUCUCUCUCUCUCUCUCUCUCUCUCCCUCCCUCCCUCUCUGUUAAAAAGCAUUUCUUUGGCCUUUUAAUCUGACUUUAUGAUUAGACAGGUGGAAGCAUUACAUCCCUAACAUGCACAAUUUCCCACUCCCUCUUUCUUAUACGCUCAGCCACUCAGGCUAAAACACAGCAGUGUUGUGACAGCCUGAAAGGGCGGCCAGCAUACACUGUAUUGAUUUUAGUCUGACAAAUCUCAGAAAAUAGAGUUACUUUUGCCACUGAGAUGCUGUUAAGUUUGGCCUGUGGUCCCUGUUGAUUAAGUCCUUUAUUGAUCUGUUCUGUAAUUGUUAUCCUCUACACUGUUGCGAGGUAUAAAAAAGAAAGAAAAAGAAGAAGCUCACUCACAUGGUUUGUCCUUUCUCAUUUUAUUUUUUUAACAAAAUUUGGAAAACAACAACUUAGAACCUGGCAGAGGAGUCAAAAGCUAUCAAAAUUACUCAAUUUACUAUCUGAAGGGAUCAGCAAAGUAGUCAAACAGUGAGUCAAUCUCAUGAGACGAAUGGAAGAUACUUAAAGCCAAGGGCUGAAAUGAACUAAAAAGAUCGGAGGAUUCAACUGCAUAAACAAAGAAUCAAUGAUUCAGUGACCAGCAGCUGCUCCACCUGGGGAUUCACAUACACUAGAGAAACAAGAACAGCAAGAACAGUUAUCUUGGCCAUUUACUUAAAAAAAUCCAAGUAACAUGGACAAAGAAUGGCAAUUUAAAAAAACAGAGUAAGCAAAGGUUGAUGUGGUGAAGAAUCUGCAAGAUUUGGAAGAUGAGUUUAAGUGAGAAUGGAUGCAGUCGCCUGAAUGAAGGCAAAAUGGAUGAGUGAAGUGCAAAGGUUAAGAGGACAGAGCAAGAGAGGGUGAUGGUGGUAUGGAGUUACUCUUGGUUUUGCUUUGGUGUGUCUUUGUUGGUUGGUCUUGGAGUAUUACUGCAUUCAGAUACCUCGGAAAUCAGACGUCGGAGUUGAAAAUGACGUCACACCCAAGUUACCAAGUUGGAAAAAAAGCAAAAUCGGAGACGGAAACAAGAUAGCUACAUCUACGAAAGUUAUUUUAAUGCUUGCCUUGUCUGAAUAUAAGGCAAGUGCUAAAAUAACGUUCGCAGGAUAAGCUUCAACUCAGAGUCAUAAAGCAGCUUUUCCAGAAUAUUUCGUAAAUUUGUCGUAUUUAUUUUGCUCACCAUCUCACCGAAAUAAUGUGACAGAUUGAAGCAUACAUCUUCAUUCAGAAGUUGAUAUAAAUGAUUCCUCUGUCAAUGAAAGGUCUUUGAAUUUCAGGGUGAGUAAAAAAAUAAUGAGGGGUCCAAUGUAAGACACAAACGUCUGAACUGUGAAAUUGUUGUACUUUGCAUCAUGACAGCAUAAAAUAGCACUACUCCUGCUACAAUAGUGGUGAACUUCAGUUGGUUGAUUUUGUCUUUAAUAUUGUUUUAUCCCCUAUCAACCUUAUCUUUUUUCAAAAAGUGCCUUUGACAUAUGUUCAUUAUAACAGAUUAUCAUCUUCAAAUUAGUUUCACACAGCAAUAACUUCGUCCAGCAUUAACAUAACACCUAUUCAUCAAAGUCAAACCACUCUUUAUUGUCUCCUCCUCCCUUCUCUGCAGGUCCAGACCACUACCAUGUGUAUCUCAGUCAGCCUGAGUGGCUUCGUGGUUCUGGGCUGUAUGUUCGCUCCCAAGGUCCACAUCAUCAUGUUUCAGCCGCAGAAGAAUGUGGCGAGCCACAGGCUUAACCUCAAUCGCUUCAGUGUCAGUGGGGCUGCCACCACGUACGCAUCCCACGGUGGGUUACAUGCUGUUACCUCAUUUUCAAAGAGACGGGGUUCAGAGCAGCGCUCUCACAGUCUUUUUUAACACCUCUGUGGAAUGAGUAUUUUUAGGGUCAAGUAAGGACAGAGGAAGUAACAUCUUGAAAUCUUUAUGUGUUGGUUUGUAUUUGAGUUGUAUCAAAUGACUAAAGGACAGGAAAAUGAGUAUUUGAUUGUGAUCACUUCAGAAAGUUCGAUACUCAACAAACAAAUUCAGUCGAGUUAUUAGUAUUAGUUUUAAUAUCAAAACUUUGGUAGAAAAAAAAAAAAAACAUCUAAUUUCUGCCUAAUUGGUCUUAACCAUAGACUGUAUAUAGAAUGGACGCCGUCUGCCUCCUCGCUGGGUGAAGCCACUCUGAGAACAGCACCCUCUGGUGACAGGCUGCAGUAUAGGUCAUAAAUCCCACCACCUCCAGCAAAGUAUAUGGAACUGUGGGCAAACUUUAGAAAUUAAUUACACAGUAUAAAAAAUUUUAUCCCCGCUGCUUGCGAUGUUGACAUGUAGUUAUUGUAAGACUGGUUUGUGCUCAAGUCCUCUUUUUUCUGUACAGCUCCGUUUUUAAAAGUUAUUAGGGGGUUCAUGUUUUCUAUAAUGGACACUUGAUACAUCCUUAGGGGCGUAUGAAGAUUGAGGAGCUCACACAGGGGAUAAGCAGUUUGAGCCGAGCAUCAUCACAGCUACUCUCGGCAAAUGCGUACAAUGCUACUGCGCAAGUGGUGGAGUGUGUAUAACGCUACCAAGAGCUUUUUGGCUUCAAAUCCGUAUACUGGCAGGAGGUGGAACCAAGUUGUCCAUAGUAUAUACAGUCUAUGGUCUUAACAGGAUUGAUGGUUAUGGAUAAAAAUGUUCUUUCUUUUCCCCUUUUCUCUAUUUAGCUUCAGUCAGUACCCAACACGUCCCAACUGUGUGCAACGGGCGAGAAAUCGUUGACUCCACCACGUCAUCUCUGUGACCACAUCCAGUCCCCCCUCUGAAUCUAUCCCUGCGACUGUUAGCCAAUCCAUGAACAUUACCCUCUCCUGUACCAACCGUCGCUGUCCUCCUCAUACAAAUCCUCUAUACAGUCACACACACACACAGACAUUUACACAUGUACACAAAAAUACACGCACAAACAAACAGCCAACCUUUCUUGUGGACUAGAAAUGUAUUGUUUCAUAAAUGUAGAAAGUGUGUAACUAAAAUUAAAUUAUUUUAUAGGGAUGUAUAUACAUGGAAUCGACAUUGUUGUAAGUAGAGAAACAAAAGAACAAAAAAAAAGUUUUUAGGAGGAAUUUUUGGACCCUUUGUUUUUGAUAGCUUUGUUAUGAUGCCAUGUAAAUAGACAUGCGCUUAAUCAUAAUAGGAGGGUGUGUGUCCCUCAGUCUGGAUGCACAUUUGUGGCUCUGCUUACCUCACCUGCAAUAUCUCACAGACUUUUUAUUCUCAUGCUUUUUUGUAGGUCUCAUUGUAAUAACCAAUUAUGUAUGCAUUUCUAUUGUGUAUCUGUACAUUUGUAUAUUCUACUUCUGAUGGUUCAAACAGCACAAUGUUGACAGUCAUGGGAAUGUGGGCGAAAGGAUCAAAUGGACAGUAUUACAUGGCUGGAACGGACAUUUGCAGAAAUCUAUGAAACUCAUCGACUCACAGCGACACUGUGCCAGAACGCAGUUUCCAGCUUGAGAAGAACUCAUCUCAGUAAAAAGAUUUGCUUUGCACCCUCGAUCUAUAUAAAGAACCCUUUGUGGCUGUUUCCAGCGGGAAAAUGUUUUGCUUUUGAUACAAAUGUUCAUUUUUCUAUUUUGAAGUAUUAAAUCCCUUUAUCUGAAUGGCCAUAGUUCCAGACAUGUGUUCAGAGAAACACCAGUAUGUUCACUCCCACUCUCAAACUGUUGUUCCUUCAGAGGAGUGUUGGGAGAAACACCGCUGAAAACGAUGAAGUGACAGCAAACUGUCAAAACACAAAACUAAACACUAAUUAUGAAAGACGCCGAUAACGACAAUAAUAAUGAUAAUAAUAAUAGAGGGAACUGACUGCUUUUCUGAACACAUGUUGAUCUUUUUCAACUACAGGGGAGUGGUAGCUUCUGUUUAUGUUCCCCUCUGAUACAGCAUGUGGUGAUGUUUCGAAUAUGGCUAUGUGCCUUAGAGUAUGUUUGAUAGUACUGCAGGAAGAAACUGUAAGAGAGGUAAAUGUAAAAGUGAGCCCGAUAUAGAGUAUGUGUUUCAGGGCGAUAUAAUGUCUGCCAGUCUUAUUCCCUACCAAGCCUUCUGCCACUGAUUGUGAAUCAGAGGUGUGAAUUGGAGCAAUCCUCAUACUGAAAUGACCUUCUCUACCCCCUUCUUUCUUUAGCUUGCAUCGAACUAAAACACUUCUAUUCAAGUAAGACCGAUUCAGCUUCACUUUUGAGCAUCACCGACAAAAGACGGAUGGGGAAGAGAAGCUCAUAAACUCUACGAUAAAGUCAUUGAUUUGUCAUCAUAUUGAAGUGUGCAGUUUACAUGUCUGUGUUAAAUGUGUUAACGUGGAGAGGCACGGUGGAGCAGCUGGCUUUGGCUGUCGGUCCCGCAGAGACACACGAGAGGAGGCAGAGCACACAGUAUCAGCUGCACGCAGAUCCCAUAUAACAAAAAGCUGUUAGCAGUAAAACUAAUAAGCAUAACAUACAAAACAUUCGGCAAAAUAACUAAGCUCUGUUUGUUGCUGGAAAUGAGACAGUAGCUGUGAAAGUGGAGGUUAAAUAAUAGAUAGAUAUAUCAAUGAGACUUUUUAUAAGACAAUCUAAAUAGACUUAUUUUGUCAACUGAUUUAGUAUUGGGCAUCAGCACAUUUCAUAGAGAGAAAGGCCUGCCAUGCAAGAUAUAUGGAAGGGUGUUAAAUCUUAAUAUGAUCUUGUAUGGUUUAUACUAUAAUAUGCUGUAUCAAAUAAAGUGUCUCUGUCUUAACGAUAUUUUGGACAAAGUAUGUGAGCAGAAUCCCUCAUUUCUACCCCAGACAAGCAUCUUAAACCUACUUUUUUCUUGUUAAGGGUCACACAGUGGGAACCUAUCUACACCUCUCCAACAGAAACCCACGGUAAUCACACUGAAUUUCAGAGAUGAAGGAAUUUUUAUAAGGAUGAGCCAAGACAAGCCGACCUACAUCAAGGCGUGUGUGUUAGGUGCAGGGAGCAGGAGGAGCGAGCGGUGUGGCGGAGCAGAGGGGAGCUGAUGCUGCUGCUGGAUUAUGUAAAGCACUCCCACAGCCCAGAAGUCGUAGAGCUGCUACGAAAGCUCAAAAGCAUUUCUGAGAUUCACAGUCUUUGUUAGCAGGGGGCUUAGCCAUUCACACUGUGGUCCUGCUCCCACAAGAUACACCCCACAUGGCAGGUUGCUAUGGACAACCACCGGCACAUCCGCUGCCGGAAUGUCUGUUUGUCUGCAUGGAGGGGGGGUCGGAGUGGAAUGAGAGAAAUAGAAGAAAAACAGGUUGCUGGUAAGGAUUCAAAUUGGCUCUGACUGAUGAGAUUUGGCUCAGUUGAGGCUCAGUACUCUACUUCCAGCUAUUUAAUGCUCAUACAAAUAGAGCACUUAACCCUGAUUCUGCUCUUAUUUAGUCCAGGGACCAGACUCAUACAAAAGUCUCACACCCCUUCCCCUGACCCUCUCCCUCACCUCUGCAACCUCUCCCCAGCCUUGUCUCCACUGUAUGUGUGAAAUUGGCUGCUGAGUCGCUCUCAGCCAAGACACCUCAUCUAGACAAAUAGGUUAGUUAAGCCUGCGCCUGAACUGAGGCGACUGUGAUGUGGGUGCCCGCUGCAGAACACGCCAACAGGGGGGCAUUAGGGAGGCUGAAUGAGGAGGAAAUGGACAAAGAGGGUUAGUGUGUGGGAAUGUUAAAGGUGGGCUGAGACAUAAAAGAAAAUUGCGCCCCUCAUUACAUUACACUCUCAUCUCAUGUACAAGCUAACCUUUUCUGUGGCUUUGCUAAUUAGCCUUUACUCAAGAAUAUCCUUCUCAAACAGAAAACCAUCCACUACUGACAUUCUUCCUCUAUUUAGCUUCUGCCAAAUGCCAUGUGCUCGCCGUGCUGUAGCCCCCUCCAACAGAGCAGAAUGAGUCUUCAGCCUCUGUAAGACAGGAUGUCUGUGAGGAAAUGACGCUGAGGUCAAGCUGAACUCUGGCACUUGUCAACCGCAAAGCAAUAGUUCAGUGUUUCUGAUACGUGCAAUAAUGAGGCUGUGAUAAAAUCAUAAUAAAUAACAAACAAGCAAGCAGCUCC